AAGGGGGCAUCCCUUUCCUGUCCCCCUUGUGGGAAUUCGUGUGCCGAACUGUGGAAAAAACGAAAGAGAGAAGGGAAAAAAAAAAAAAAAAACCAAACGCCCCCCUCGAAUUUUGGUCUGCGUGGAACCCAAGUGCCCCAACCCAAAGGGACCUUCACGAUCUCUCUCUCUCUCUCCUCUCUCUGUUUUCUUGCUCCUGGAUUCACCUUUUCGGAUCACCACAUGACCAAUUCCUGAAGUUCUCAACAACCCACCUUCUCUUUCUCUCUCUCCACGUAUCGUUCUUGGUGGUGUUCUUUUCUUGCUUGCAAGAUUCUCCCCACUGGCAUAGCUUCGGCUGCUCCCUGGUGUUCUGUUAAUCUCGAGAAUCUUGUUUCCCCUCCCAGUUCAAGGUACGUCAGGCGUGUGACAGAGAGAGUUCGAAUUGUGCCCGGCCCCGCAAAAUUUGGUCUUUCUUGUUGCUGUGGAUGAGCUGAAUUGAUGUCCUUGGCGGUUGGAGCAACUUCGAGUUCCAAGACCAUGGGACACGAGCGUGAUGAGAAGAACAGCGAGAGUGGAGAGAAAGCCGACGUUGGUGCAGACAGCAGAGCAAAGACACCCAAAAUUGAGGAGAGUGCUGAUGGUGACCCCGAGGGUAAGAUUCACAAAUCAGCGAGUGAGAGCUCCAUUGGCGCCACUGAGGAUGAGGAAGAUGAUGAGGGAAGGAAGCUUGAGUUGGGUCCUCAGUACACUCUUAAAGAACAGUUUGAGAAGGAUAAGGAUGAUGAGAGCUUGAGGAGAUGGAAGGAACAGCUCCUGGGAAGUGUGGAUUUGAAUUCUGUUGGAGAAACUCUGGAAGCGGACGUCAAGAUCCUGAGCCUUGCAAUCAGAUCUCCUGGGAGAUCUGACAUUGUUCUUUCUGUUCCCGAGAAUGGAAAGCCAAAAGGUUUGUGGUUUACGUUGAAAGAAGGUAGUCGCUAUAGCCUCAAAUUCACAUUUCAGGUCAGCAACAACAUUGUCUCUGGUCUCAAGUACACUAAUACUGUGUGGAAAACCGGUGUCAAAGUGGACAGCACCAAGGAGAUGCUUGGAACAUUUAGUCCACAGUCAGAGCCUUACACACAUGAGAUGCACGAAGAGACAACACCCUCUGGAAUUUUCGCUAGAGGAUCAUACUCGGCUCGGAGCAAGUUUAUCGACGAUGACAACAAGUGCUACUUGGAGAUCAACUACACCUUUGAUAUCCGGAAAGACUGGUAGUUAGAAGAAGAGUUAUUUGUUCUGUCCACUUUUAUUCGCACCGUGUUGCUUGUGUUUCAAGUUUGAGACUGGUAAAAUUCAGUUUGUGUAAUCUAUUUCUGGUUGUAGGAUGUCACUUUAAGUAAUAAAGUGGGGAUUUACAUCAGAAAGGUGGUUCAGACAAGUAGAAUUUAGAACCUACCCAUCAUUUUGUAGUUGUUCUUUCGUUAGAAAAAUCGAGUUGGUUCAUCUGAAUA